UAAUAGAAUUUGAGUUAUUUUAAUAUUAAACAUAUUCUGUGAUGAUAUAGGUUAAUCAAUUCAUCCCGCCAAAACGUGGUUUUAGAAAAGAUUUCGUUCGGUUUGGAAAAAAUUUUCGAUUUCAGCCAUGGACAACGAGCUGGUAGAAAUUGUUGCCUUUUUAUUAUCAAUCGUUGCUUUACUUUCAAUUGUCGCAUUAUCUGCGGUGAAACUAUAUUUUAAAAUCAGGAGAUGUUUUCCAAUAUCUGUUAAUUGUUGGUUCUGCAAUACAUGGAGCAGAGUGCCUUAUGACAAUCAGAAUUGUUUUGACUGUCCUAAUUGUUUACAAUACAAUGGAUUCACAGAGGACGGUGGUUACAAUAAAGUAAUUGAAGCUCAACAUACAUGGCAGAAAACUCCUCCAACUAAGUCAAAAAAAAACUCUAAUGGGUUUUGUAAUUCUUGCAAUCAUAAUCAGCAGCUCAAAAUAACACAACUAGCCAAAUUCACUCCUUUGGUUGAAGAGAAUUAUGAUGAAGAAAUAGAACAUUUCAAGAACCAAUUGGAGAAAGCUUAUGAAUUAUGUAAAUAUUGCAGUCAAAUUUUAAAAACAACUUUAUUAAGAGAAAAAACUACUUUUUUUGGAAACCAUGUGUACAACAUUCAAAAAAAAGGAAAAAAUAUGUACCAGAAGCUUUUAAAAAAGGACAACUCAAGUUCAUAUUUUCUUAAUGGACUUAGAAAUAUUCAAGGUCUAUUGACAAUUCCUGUUAUUCUUGUAAUAACCACGGACAUCUUGAAUAGGGAGCAGCUGAAGUGGUUUCCCGUUUAUUUAGUACCUUAUCUUGAGUUAUAUCAAGACAUAUCAUCUACCCUUUCAUCAAUGUUGCAGGGUCAAUUAACAGCAUUGAAUAUUUCUUCAAACACUAUUGUAUUUGAUAAUUUGCAAAUUCUUAGUACCAUUGGUUUCCUCAUGCAGCUACCCUUAUUUUUAAUGGAGUCAACUUUAAUGUGUAUCAAGGUAAAUCAAGUUUUAUGCUGGAGCUUUUUGGCUCUUGCAUCUUGGACCAGGACUCAAGAAAUGCUCAUGAAUUUAUUUCAACUAGUAUGUGCUUGCGUAAUAUUUUAUAAUUCAUUUUAUGAAUUCAAUACAUGUUUUAACACUGUGAUGAUGAAAAAACUGCCACAAAGCCGUAACAAUAGUUAUGAUAUAGAAGACUAUUCAGAUGAAGAAGAGUCUACAUCGCAAUAUAAUGAAUCUGUGUUCAACAAAACUAAGACUGAAAAUCUCACUGCCAGUGUCACCGGUAGCUUGUUGAAAUCUUUUGGCAAUCAAGAAGAUCCCACGCUCAGGUGUAACAUUAAAUCAAGCCUUCUAGAUUUACAUCAGAGUAAGUCUGCAUUUGAGUUGAAUAAGCCGGAUCCGUUGUUCUUCCAUAGAUCAUCUUCCCCGAAAAAUAAACAGGAUCUCAUAUCUCCAGCAAAGCUCAAUCACAUCGAUGAAAAUUCUUGGGUUGCUGGGGGAUUUUGGAAGUGCGAAGAUGGUACAGUAAUACCCAUCAAUCAGAGUACAACAAAAUCUUAUAGUCAAAGUUCUGGAUUCGGGUCACAAACUAAUGAAAAGUUUAAUGUUUUCAACAGUAACAAAUUCACUUCUCUACCUAAUUCGAUUGAAACUUCACUAUCUGGUGAUUUCGACAGAAUGUCUAUAGCCUCAAAAUCUCCAUAUUCACCUUCAUGCACUCCGCCACAAUCUAGAAUGACAUCUUUCAGUUACGUAUCGCCCAAUAAUUCUCUAAGCCCCCACAAUUCUUUCGACCACACGUGGACAUCAAACCAGAGUGUUAAUAAAUUUGCUUUACCGUCCAUGCCAAUUCAUAUUUAUAACCACAAGAAACCUUUGAAUUUAUUCAAAUUUCCACAAGUUUCCUCAAGCUCAGGGAUAAAUAAUUUACAAUCUGCUUAUAAUAAUGAAUCCUUCGGAAUGCCAGUUCCAGUUUUUAAUACAAAAAAACCUUUGAAUUUAUUCAAGUUUCCGCAAGUUUCUCCUAACUCAGGGUUGAAUAGUAUGAAAUCUAAUUUUAAUAAUGAAACUUUCGGAAUGCCAAGUUCGUUGUAAGAAAUAGCAGUUUCUCUAUUUUUGAAUUGAUUUUAAAUGUACAUAGCGAAAGUUAUGUCUCAUACCAAUUUGAAUUGAGAAAUUUAAGGCAUUUUAUAAUGUCUAAUACUGGAAAAGCAAUUUAUUCUUCAAGUUUUAACCUGAAAAACUAAUUCAAAUGAGAAAUUCGUAUAUAACAAAGUAUAUCAGGGCAAAUGAAGUAUAUGAGGGCAAGGUUGAAAAUUAUAUAAAGAAAUAAUUAUUAACAUUUCUUCGUUUUGCUGGUGGUUUGAAAAUGUUUAUAUGUAUCCAAAAUGACAUGACAUUCUUUCUAAAAUUGAGAUUACCUCUAUUUUUUUUUUCAAAGAAUUUAUAUAUUUCAUGAAAGCCAGCAAAGUACCUGCAUGUAAAAAUGAGUUAUUAGAUGGUUGGUCUGAAUUUUCUUGUUGACAAUUUUUGUUAGUUUAUAUUCGAAAAACAGAUGACUGCUAAUAUCAUUUAAGUGGAAAAAUCAAUCCUCAUGAUAAAACUGCUAAUUGUGCUUAAAAGGGU